UUAUUCAGUAUCAGUACUGUUCUCGGCACGUUCGGCGAUCGAGGACGUCAAGGUGACUCCGCUGGUGAAUACACGCGACCGUCGGGAAAAUGAGUCGAUAGAUCGCCGAUCGACCGACUUCCUGUCCGUGCCGCUGCCGCGACGUUUUCAAAAAUCCGUUCUCGCGAAAAUCACCCGUAGUUCUACUGUUUUUGGGACCGUUGGAACCGACACGUCGCACCCAAGUGGUUUACCGGAGAGCCUCCAAGAAAUUGGAAGAAUCGCCCAUCAAAGGUAAAGUAACAUGUCAAGAUGAGGAGAAAAUGCGGCGUCUGCUUUGUUACGCCGAGGCGCCGGAGUAUCUCCAACAUAAUCCCUACAUUUUGAGCGGAUACCGAGGAUACCUCUCUACAAAAUUAUGUUUGGAAAGUAUAUUUUGGUGGACGAAUGAAACAGUAAAUAUAUGGAGCCACAUAUUUGGUUGGAUGUUAUUCCUUGGUUUGACGCUAUACGAUCUUUGUCUACUGAACAUCCACGCCCCGAUGGGCGAUAAAGUUAUCGUAGCUCUUUUAUUAAUCUGUUUUCAGGCUUGCAUGAUAUUGUCGUCGGUGUAUCACACGUUUUCCUGUCGAAGCGAGAAGGAUUACUGGUGUUUCCUUUCGUUUGAUCUCUUCGGCAUCGCUUUGAGCCUCCUGUCGAUAUACAUGUCUGGAGUGUAUUACGCCUUUUGGUGUCACAAGGAAUUGCAGAGGUUCUACUUGAUAACAGUGCUGGCGAUUUUCGUGUUCGCGAUGAUACUUCAAAUACCAAAAUUGAACGUUAACGGGAAUGUUAAGCUAGUCGUAUUUGUCGCUUGGGCGGCUUAUGGAGUCCUGCCAACGCUGCAUUGGAGUAUCGCGAUGGGCGGCAUGGAAAACCCGAUCGUUAGAAUGUUGCUUCCAAGGGUACUAGGGAUGUAUGUCAUUAGUGGUGGAGCGUUCGUUAUUUAUUUGAGCAAAAUACCGGAACGCUUUUGUCCAGGAUGGGUGGACUACGUCGGCUCGUCUCAUCAAUGGUGGCAUGCGUUAGUAGUGUUGGCACUGUAUUAUUGGCACAACACUGGCAUGCUUUACGUGGAAUACAGAAUGAACCAUGGUUGUCCUAGCAACAUCAAAUUAUUAUGACAGACGGAGUCUGACGACCAUUCAGAUCUGGCAUUUAGUAUGUUUCCGUUAGGUAAUGUGUCGUGUCACGUUAUAUCAUAAUUGAAAUUUCAGCACCUGGUUUUCUCAUGGAAUGUGCUUGCGCUAUGGAAUUCAAUGUUUGGUCGUCAGGAUACAACAACAAUCCACCGUUUUCUGCUACCGAAAGCAAAACAACUUGCGCAAUGGACAAUCCAUUAUGGGCGUACGUCCAACAGCGAGUGAUCUAGUUCGAGGCAGUGUGUUAAUUAACGUGAAACUUAUUUAAAAAGAAAGAAACAACAUCAAAGGCGGUAGUUUGAUGAUAUCUCUGUUGUCCUCCUGGCGCGUUCAUAAUGUUUAUUUAUUUUGUAUUUAUAAACUUUGAAUAGAUUUAUUAUGUUUCCUACUCCUAUUUUUGUAUCUCCUGUUCUCCUGCUCAUUUUGCAAUCAACUAUCUCUGUAAACCACACUGUUCCCAUUUUUCUUUUUUGCAAUAUUAAUAGGAAAUAAUUAGAUUUUCAAAUCGUGUUUAACACUCUUUCUCAUAAUUUAGAAAGUAACUAAGAUUUUCUUCAGCUCAACUAGCACACGCACAGAUGUAAGUUAUGUACAGGGUGUUCCAUCUAAGGUCAACUUAAUUUCUGUGCUAUCUUCAUUGACUGUAGUAUGACCUACAAUGACCUCGGGCUCUGAAAUUAGCCAACUAGAACGAAGCCUAUUUUUUAGAUCGCAGUUAGGAAAGACAAUGAGGUGUUUCAGCUGGAACACCCUGUAUACUCUACAACGAAUUUCUUCGAAAAAAUACUGGUUUGUAAAUAGAGCGACUUAGACUGCUGAAUUUUUUCACAAUUUUUAGUAGACAUGACGCAUAUCAAGCAGAAACUGUAGAGAAAUAUUGUUUCUAGAUAUUGUUAAAUAAAAUCGAUUCUUAAAGA